AUGUAUGCAAGUAUCUAUCUAUCUACCUCUCUCUCUCUCUCUCUCUCUCUCUCUCUUUAUUCCUUUACCUUUUUUUUCUUCUUUCUUUCCUUUUUCCUCUCUUUCUUUCUAAUCGUAUCUUUUUUUUUGCAACUCCUUCUUUCCCAUUUCUCCUAUUUUCUCUUUGUAGAUAAUAUUUUUUUCAAUUAUAUCUCUUUCUCUGAUUAUCUUUCACGCUGUUUAUUCUUCUUUUCCAUUUCUCUCCGCAUAACUAUUUCCAGUCAUACUUUUUUCUUCAAGAGUAUCAAAUUUUCUACUCUAACCCGUUUUUUCUCCGAUUUUUCUCGCUUCUAUCGCCCUCUUAAAUGUUUCCUCCUCUCCCAUUUCUUCAAUACUUUUAUUCUUAUUUCUUUUCCCUGCUCUCUCCUUCAUAUUUCCCCUCUCAUCACUGGUCGGUGCCUGUCUAUUUUCUAUGCACCUUUCUUUAUUUGCAUCCCGUCUCAAUUCGCAACUUUCCCACUGUCAAAAUAUUACGAAGCUAUCCCAGUAUCUAUCUAUCUAUCUAUCUAUCUAUCUAUCUAUAUGCAUAUAUAUUUGUCUCUCUCUGUAUGUUUAGAAAUUAACUCUGUCUGUGCAUAUCUAUCAAAUUCGACCAAGGUUCCGUGUCCAAACCGACACCCGAAUCUUAUGUCUUCGCUUUAUCGCCCCACCCCAAUCAGCACAGAAAUUCUUCCACCAAAUUUUCCUUUCUUCCACCUCUAA